AUGUCGGAUCCAGCUGUACAUGAAUCGACGGCGCUACCGACGCUCUCCAAUGCGCCUCCGCUGCCUAGUCGCUCUACCCCGAGCCACGGGGGAGAGCAGGCCCACGACGCCAUCUCCGAUGAGUUAAAGGCUCGCCUGGAUAAAGUUAUCUACUCUGAUAUCGGCAUAACUACACUCUUGACUCGGCUGAAGCAAAGCGUAGCCUCCGCCAAGGAUUUCUCAACUUUCCUGAAAAAGCGAGGGGCCCUGGAGGAAGAGCACGCUCAGGGGUUGCGAAAACUGUCCCGCGCGAUCAACGAUGCGUCGCAGCGCACCGAGAACCGACAAGGAACAUACGGUUCCAGCUACAAGGAUAUCCACCGAAUCCAGGAGCGCAUGGUCGAUCAUGGUCUCCAAUUCGCCGUUUCCCUCCAUCAGAUGUCUGACGAUUUGCACGAGCUCGCCGGUAAUAUUGAGCGCGGUCGCAAGCAAUGGAAACAGACAGGUCUAGCUGCGGAGAAGAAGGUCAGUGAUGCGGAAUCGUUGGCUGAGAAAGCAAAGUCCAAAUACGAGUCGCUUGCGGAGCAGUAUGACCGUGUCCGCACGGGAGACAAGCAAGGAAGCAAGUUCGGCCUCAAGGGUCACAAGUCUGCGGCGCAGCACGAGGAAGAGUUGCUGCGGAAGGUCCAGCAUGCAGAUAGCGAUUAUGCAGCUAAGGUCCAGGCUGCUCAAGCUGCGCGUCAGGAGCUAUUGUCUACUCAUCGACCUCAGGCCGUAGACAAUCUUCAGAAAUUGAUCGCCGAGUGCGACUCGGGCUUGAUUCUGCAACAGCAGAAGUUCGCCACUUUCAAUGAGAAACUACUUCUGGGUCAAGGUCUCUGCGUGAACCCUUUGAAGAUUGAUUCGAACGGCACGGCAUUGGGGCCUAAGAGCUUGGCCGAGGUUGUUCGCCAAGUCGAUAAUCAGAAAGAUCUCCAUGACUUUAUCUUAGGCCAUGAAGGUAACCCAGGGGCUGUGGCUUCAGAACAGGUCAAAUAUGAGCGCCACCCAACUCUUGGUGGUGGAGCUACACCGGCUGCACCUUCGCAACCAACUCAGAAUAAGCGCGUGUCUAUCAUGCCGCAGUCAUUCACCGCGAAUAAUCUGUCUUCGCCAGCGCCUCCGCAGCCGCAUAGCGGUGACCGAUUGCCGCAAUCGCCUUACCCUCCUCCACAAUCGCUGUCAGAGAAGAGCUUCACUCCGCCCCCAGCUGGCACACCCCCUACCCAGUUGCCGCGACCCCCGCUCCAGAACCUGCACCCAAGGAAUUUCCAAUCGAACCUCCCUCCAUUGAAGCCAGUGUUCGGUGUCUCGCUGAACGACCUAUAUGCCCGGGAUGGAACAGCCGUUCCGUUCAUUGUGUACCAGUGCUUCCAAGCGGUCGAGCUGUUUGGAUUGGAUGUGGAGGGCAUCUAUCGACUUUCAGGAAGUGCUAAUCACAUUAGUCACAUGAAGGCUGUGUUUGACAAUGAUUCAUCACAAGUCGACUUCACAAACCCGGAAAACUUCUAUCACGACGUCAACAGCGUUGCAGGGCUUGCGAAGCAAUUCUUCAGGGACCUACCUGAUCCUCUGUUUACUUCCCAGUACUACCACCAAUUCAUUGAUGCUGCUCGCUUCGAUGAUGACAUCCAGCGCCGAGACUCACUGCACGCCCUUAUUAAUAGCUUGCCCGAUGCUCACUACGCUACUCUGCGGGCCAUCAUUCUGCAUCUCAACAAGAUCCAAGAACACUAUACCCAGAACCGCAUGAAUGCAGGCAAUCUGGCCAUCUGUUUCGGACCAACCCUCAUGGGCGCCAAUUCCGGUGGCAACAUCGCCGACGCUGGGUGGCAGGUCCGCGUCAUCGAGACAAUCCUGAAUAACACAUUCCAGAUCUUCGACGACGACUAG